AAUCAAUCCUCUUUUCCUUUCUUUCCUCCUAACCCAAUAAUAAUAUCUUCUUCUUCUUCUUCUUCUUCUGCUUCUUCAACUUCUAGUCUUUCCUCUUUCUUCUUCCACCCGACAGGAGGGUCGGCGGCAACAUUUUACUCAUAUGUCUCUGUUUCAGACUCCUCUCAGGCCCUUUCUCCCGCCAAGCAAAUUAAAUUCCACCACCAAUUUCCGUGAUUUCCUAUAUUUUGCUCCCCCUUUCUUCCUCUAAUCUCUGUAAAUUCGGCCGGAGACUGAUAUUAGUUACUAGUUAGGUUUAAGGCUAAUUGGUUAGGUCUGACUCCUGGAGGAAUCGAGCUCGGGUAAUAAUUAGUUGAAUGGCGGGUGAAUGAAGGCUCUCUGCUGUGCAUAAUCAGCCUCCGGUCCGGUUUCAAUUUGGGUAAAUUCAAGUACAAGUAUAGUGGAUGCCGGCGAUAGCCAAAUUGGGUGUGCUGUGUUUGCUGCUGGGGUCAUCACUGUAUUGCCCUGUGAUUCCCACUUUUUAAAACUGGGUUCAGCUGUAUACAUUCUGGUGAGGUUGUGUUAUUGAAGAAAUUGUGCUAGAUGAAAGUUGAUGGGGAUGGAGAUAACGGUGGUAGGGUACUUAAUCACCUGCAGCUACCCAGUGUGAACGAGAGGGGUAUUGAGGAUGGAGUUGUGAAUAAAGAUCAGAAUUCAGUUGAAAUUGGUGUCUGCAAUGACAUUGAGAAUGUGAAAGAUCAGCAUGCUGGGAUCAUUCAGGUCCCAGCUCCAAUCCAAGUACCACAGCAACAACAAUCUCAAGGGACAUCAGUAUGUUGGGAAAGGUUCCUUCACCUUAGAACACUCAAGGUUCUGCUCGUGGAAAAUGAUGAUUGUACCCGUCAUGUUGUUGCUGCCCUUCUUCGUAAUUGCAGCUAUGAAGUUAUUGAAACGUCAAAUGGAGUGCAAGCUUGGAAGAUACUAGAGGACUUGGCCAAUCAUGUUGACAUUGUCUUGACUGAAGUUGUCAUGCCUUUUGUGUCUGGGGUGGGUCUUUUGUGCAAGAUAAUGACACAUAAAACACGCAGAAAUGUUCCUGUAAUCAUGAUGUCUUCCCACGACUCAAUGGGUUUGGUCUUCAAGUGCCUUUCAAAAGGUGCUGUUGAUUUUUUAGUCAAACCUAUACGAAAGAAUGAACUUAAGAUUCUCUGGCAGCAUGUUUGGAGAAGAUGCCAUAGUUCUAGUGGCAGUGGUAGUGAAAGUGGCAGUGGUACUCAAACUCAAAAGUCUGUUAAGUCAAAAAAUGUUGAGAAAUCGGGCAACAAUGCCAGCAGCAAUGAUGAUGAUGAUGAUGGGAGCUUUGGUUUUAAUGUUGGUGAUGGAAGUGAUGAUGGAAGUGGUACACAGAGUUCUUGGACAAAGCAAGCUGAAGAGGUGGAGAGCCCUCGAGCUUUGCCUCAAUGGGAUCAAGUUGCUGAGCGUCCUGACAGCACUUGUGCCCAAGUCAUUCACUCAAAUGGUGAAAUAUCCGGUAACAAACAAGUUCCUGUAUCCAAUGGAAAGGAACAUAAAGAGGAGCAACAACAACUUGAGAAUACUACUAUUGUUAAAGAUCUUCAAAUUGAAGUGCCAUCAAAGCCAGAGUUGCAACUCAAGUAUGCAGCUGCUGAGGAUCAGAAGAAACUUGCAGGAACAAGGCCAAGUAAUCCGGUUGAGCAAGGGUGUAACGUAUUUGAUGAGAAUGACAGCAAGGAACUGCUAGAUAUUAAUAGUGCAAAUAAUUUUCAAUGUGAAGUUGGUAGGCCAGCUGGCCUCACUCAUAAUGCUAAUGAAGCAUACAUGGACACUACAGAAUGUAAGAUCUCAGAUACCGUAGUCAAGGGCAGUACUGACCCUAAGGGAACAGCGGCAUCAUUUGAAGUAAAUUUGAAGAGAGUUAGAGGAAGCAAAGAUGUUAAAAAGAGUAAUCAGGAUGAACGCAAUGUACUAAGACGUUCAGACUCUUCAGCCUUCUCAAGGUACAAUGCAGCAGCUUCAAAUACAUAUAAGGCUACUUGGGGCGGGAACUCCCAAAGCAGUCCUCCUGUUGUUUCGAGCUUUGAUGUUGCCAGAAAGGGGGCAUUUCAUGAAUUUUGCUCUCAUUCUAACAACAAUAUUCCUAACCAGCGGUCAAAUGUGGGUAGCAACACUGUUGACAUGGGGUCCACGACGAACAAUGCUUUCCUUGAUUCAUCAGUCUCGAAAAACAAAUCAGCAGUAACAUCCAUGGUCAAGCAUGCAGACCCUCCAUGUACUAUUCCUCCAAAAAUUGCCUUGGAAACAGCUGCUGAUAAAUUAGUAGCAACUACAACACUGUCUCAACCAGCUAAGCAUGAUGAUUCUGCAUCGAAGAAGAAGGUGAUGACAACUCUGCAUGGUGGGUUAUCCAAUGGCCACUGUGGUGGGCCUCUUGAAGGCAAUAACGCUUGCAAUUGCAGCAUCCAUGGAAGUGCAUCAGGUAGUAACCACGGGAGUAACCAUGGGAGUAACCAUGGUAGUAAUGGGAACAACAAUGGAAGCAGCCCAGCGGCAGUUGAUGCUGGAGGAACUAACAUGGAGAGUGGUAAUGGAAUUGCUGAGAGGAGUGGAGGUGGUGGGAGCGGCAGUGGUAGUGGCAGCGGAGACAAGCUAGAUCCGAGCAGGGUUUUACAGAGAGAAGCUGCCCUGACCAAGUUCCGUCAGAAGCGGAAAGAAAGAUGCUUCAGGAAAAAGGUUCGGUAUCAGAGCAGGAAGAGACUUGCAGAGCAGAGGCCGAGAGUGAGGGGGCAAUUCGUGCGAAAAGAUGCUAACGAGAGCACUAGUGGAGGAGCGACAGAUAACUAAUUCAGACCCUGCCUGGCUAGAUAACCCUUUUCGCAUAAGUAUCCAGAUCCAACUCGAUUGAUGCCUCUACACAGAGCCAGACGACCUGUUGGUUUGCAUAUGAAGUUACGUUGGUGCUGCUUUAGAACAGACGGACAUUGAACUGUGUUUGAUUUAGUGGUGUUAAUAUCUCGGGGCUGAUGUUGCAGAAACCUUCACCUUCACAGACCGGUUCUUGUUUGUUGUUUUAUGUCUGGAAAAUGUAAUGUAACGUUUUGUUGUAUGUCCAGAUUCUCUGCCAUCUUCGGAUGUGGAUGGCUCCGCGAAUGUUUUAGAGGGAUAGUGAAGGGAGUUGGUGAUUCAUUGGGCUAUUUUCUGGAACGCGAUGAACAUCUAGAGGGAUAUAUAUUUUGUGUGGGAGGGCUAGUUCAUUAGAUUGAUUGUGGCCCUAAACAGCCUGGCACCUACUUAACCUCCCCACAGCACAGGCAUUGGAUGAGGACUAUACGAUUCCCCUUGGGGCCUUGACUGACUCUGUCACAACUCACAGAUAUUUGGGUAGAGAUCUGAAUCCUGUCUUUGAUUCUCGA